AUGAAAAAACUUUUUCAUUCUAGCAAUAAUAUGGCUGAUGCUGAUGUUGUUUCUCGUCUAAAAGUUCUGCUUCCAACUAUUGGGGAUGAAAUUAAUGAAAUUUUAAAGCUUUCUAAAAAUGAAGCUACUAGACAAAAAGUACAUUCUGCACUAUGGUCCUAUGUUGCCAAAUGUACUGUCUUUCAACCUCAGGAUAUAGAAAAAAUAUAUUCUAGUUGGAAAGGUAAUAUUCAUACUCCCAAACCAACAAAUCAAUGUGAAACAAAACCCGGGAUUCUGAAUACUGAACAUUUGGAAGAAAAGGAGUUCUCAUCCGUGUCUCAUGAAAGUAAUGCUUUGGUUUAG